GUUUAUCAGUGCUGUAACCACAUUGCUGCUUGACGCCUACGCAGGAGGACUUACAAGUUCGGCAACCUCCGCUUUGCGGGCGGGAGAGCACUGAACAAUGGAUGCCCAAGGAAGAGCAGCCUUAGAUAUUUCCACCAGAAACCCUCAAGAGGACUUUGAGCUGCUGCAGAGAGUUGGUGGGGGAACCUACGGGGAUGUCUACAAGGCCAAGAACAAGGAAACGGGGAAGAUGGCGGCUAUCAAGAUUGUAAAAAUGGAAGCUGGUGACGACUGCUCCAUCAUUCAACAAGAGAUCGUCAUGGUGAAGACUUGCAAACACCAGAAUAUUGUCGCCUAUUUUGGGAGCUACAUCCAGUUUAACAAACUGUGGAUCUGCAUGGAGUUUUGCGGGGGUGGGUCUCUCCAGGACAUCUACCAAGUCGCCGGGCCUUUAUCUGAGCUGCAGAUUGCCUAUGUAUGUAGAGAAAUGUUGCAAGGCCUGUCUUAUCUUCAUAACCAAGGGAAAAUCCACAGAGACAUCAAGGGAGCCAACGUCCUCCUCAACGACCGUGGGGAAGUCAAACUCGCGGAUUUUGGAAUCUCAGCGCAAAUCAGUGCUACCUUUGCCCGGAGAAUGUCUUUCAUUGGCACACCUUACUGGAUGGCCCCGGAGGUGGCAGCAGUAGAGAUGAAGGGAGGGUAUAACGUCUUGUGUGACAUCUGGUCAGUGGGGAUCACAGCCAUCGAGCUGGGGGAGCUGCAGCCCCCCCUGUUCGACAUGCACCCGAUGCGAGUCUUGGUUCUCAUGACAAAGAGCGGCUACCAGCCUCCAAAGCUCAAGGAGAAAGCCAGGUGGACACCAGCUUUCCACAACUUUGUCAAGAUGACACUAACCAAGAACCCCAAGAAGCGCCCAGGUGCCUCCAAGAUGCUGACUCACCAAUUUGUGGCUCAGCCUGGAUUGAGGCGCAGUCUGACCCUUGACCUUCUGGAGAAACUGCGCCAUCCCGAGCAUCUGUCUGGCUGCAGAGGCGAGGUCGAUGAGGAGGAACAAGAGCCACCUCCCCCUGCAGUGCCUCGAAGGAUCUGCUCCAGCCACCGGCCAGGAAUUACUUCACCCAGAUGCUCCGAUCCCCACGCUCAACAUUUUGCCCACAGCUCUAGCAGCAGACCAAGGCUGAAUUCCCCAACGACAAAGGAACUCCCCACAGAUCCUGGCUACGGCACUGGCAGUCAUCUCUACAACUCAGCAUUUAGCACCAGGGACGACGCAUCAGACUCCGACCACGAUUACGAUGAUGUGGACGUUGUCACCUCAUCUUCUGAUCUCCCACCCCCGCUGCCCCCCAAGCCCAAGCUCUGGACCUCCUCAGAAGAACCAGUGGCCAACCAAUCCCCUUUGCGGUGCUCAGCCAAAUCCGGAUCUUGGGGGAGGUGCUCUAGCGGGCCUGUGACGGGCCGGACCCCUCUACAAACAGUGCGGAUGGGGGCUCAGGCCUCCCACCUUAGUGCCAGAUCAGUCCCUGAGUUGCGACCGGUUCGCCAGAAGGAAGAGCCCCCCCUCCUGCCCCCCAAACCAAGGAGAAAACCGAAAGCAGACAGGACGCUCUUCAGGAAAGUCUUUAACGAGUGUCCUUUGCAUGUCACCUCAGCUACUUCUUGGGUCCACCCCGACACGAAAGAGCCACAUUUAAUCCUGAGCGCUGAAGAGGGAAUAUUUGCCUUGAACCAGAGUGAUCCAGAGCCAACCCUGGAGCUGCUCUAUCACAGCCGCACGACUUGGGUGUACAGCAUUGAGAAUGUCCUCAUGUCCCUUUCAGGCAAAUCCCCCCAGCUCUUCUCUCACAAUUUACUGGGUUUGUAUGAGCAGAGCAAAAGAGAACAGCGCCCCACAGUGGUCAUCGCUCCUCACAGACUCUUACCUAGCAGGAAAAAUGUCACCACUACCAAGAUUCCAGACACCAAAGGAUGCCGGAAGUGUUGUGUUGCCAGGAAUGAGCUGACCGGUAGUCACUACCUGUGCGGGGCACUGGAGACAGGGGUGGUCCUACUGCAGUGGUAUGAACCCAUGCAGAAGUUCAUGCUGGUCAAGUAUUUCGACUUCCCCCUGCCCUCCCCGCUGCCUGUUUUCGAGAUGCUGGUGACCCCCCAAGAGGAAUACCCGGUGAUCUGCAUCGGAGUGAGCAAGGGAGCGCCCAGGCAAGCGGUGGAGUUCCACGUCAUCAACCUCAAUUCGCUCACCUCUUGGUUCAUCGAGGAUGACUCCGAACAUGAGUGCUCCGGCCCCGUCCAGGUGACCCAGUUGGACAGCGAGAGAGUCAUGGUUCUGAUGGACAGAAGUGUCAAGUUUGUCAGCCUCCAGGGCUCGCUGCUUCCGUGUCCCCCGGAGCUCACCUUUGACGUGGCGGUGGAGUCCAUUGCAGUGGCACGGGACCGCCUGCAUGCGUGUUGGCGCCACGGCGUACAGCUGAAGACUCUCGGGUCAGGCCAGCUAGUACAAGAGUUGCAGGACCAAUGCUGGACCUUCCGCCUGCUGGGAUCCUCCAGCACCGUCGUGUUGGAGACGCGGCCUGUGGACCACCCCAGUUCCCCAAGCAACCUCUACAUGCCGGAAUGACCUGGACUUUUUGUGCUCCUCCUCCACCCGGUGCGUCUCCAGUUUCUGUGGGGCUGGGCGACAUCAGGGGGCAGCGUCCCUCCAAGGAGAUGGGGAAGACGCAGAAGGGAGAGGCCGCUGGGCUUCUACGUGCUGCUCCCCAAGGGGAUGAGGAAAGAAGAAAGAAGCAAGAUGGCGAGCGCGACUCAAGCGUUUUGCUCUUUGCCUUCGGCCUGCGUCGAUGGCUAAGGCAGGCACAUUUCCCGGUUACGUUUUCCUCAGAUGUACGGCCUUGUCUCAAUAAAAGCGGUCUUCCCCUGA